AAGAACCCUGGACACAUCCGGUUCCGUCCUGCGCCAUUUUGAUGAAACAGCGAGGAGACGAGUAGUUUGGGUCACCAAAGAGGAUUUUAUGGAUUUAACUUGAAGAAUCAUCCGGAUACAACUUUACACUUUUAAUGGCGGAAAAUGACCGUGGACCGAAGAGGAACCUUUGUGUUUGACUGCGUAACCGGUGGAUUUUGUGAAAUUAUUCGACAGCUAACGUUGCUAGCAUUGUUAGCAUAGCAGUGUUGAGCAGUUGCCGUUAGCGCUUGUUAACGUAGAGGGAGCGUUAGCUAAUCUCGAGGUGUAGCAUGCUAGCCUUGACAUUAGCUAACUCGUCAACCUGACAUUUAUACGUUAGAUAACGAUUUAAAAAAAACUCCUUUGAGGUAUAAAGGCGGUAAAAGUUCUGGAUUCGGUGCGGAAGCUUUCUUGCAGUUUUGUGGACUUCUUGUGGUGGCUCGGUAGGGUUUGUUUUGACUUCAAAAUUAAGAAACUAUUCCAAAAAAAAGCAAAACAUUAACACAAGGACUGAUGUCGGGGGAACCCCAAGCCCGCUGCUAGCUACACUAGCGGCUUGCAGCGCGACGACCCGGGUUUUCCACCAAGGACAAUUCAUGACGGACUUGGCCUUAUUUACAUCCAUGUAAGAAAAGAAUUACACUGUGCUUCAUGGACUCUCCUGGAUUUUGUGGCAUUCUGUUGUGUUUUAUCGGACUUUAAAGAACUUACGAGGCACACGGCGCCGCCCAAUGGCGCUCUGGCCUCACACCUCGAUUCUUUUUCUUUGGCAUUAACAAGGACUCUGUCGCUAUCUGCGAGCUGAACCCUUCCCCAUUUUAGUCCUUUCUUUGUCCAGUGUUUCAGCCAAUAUAAAGAAGGUUUAUCUAUUAAAGUCACCAAAUUUAGCCUCCUGUGUUCAGUGUUGACGCUGUUUAUUUUGUUAUACCAGGCCUGUGUUUUUUGUUUUUACCUUGUGCUUGAUUGAGUUAAGUGCUUAGACCUGUAAAAAUGUCGUGUGUUCACUAUAAGUUUUCUGCCAAACUGGACUACAACACAGUAACUUUCGAUGGGCUGCAUAUUACUCUCAGCGAGCUUAAAAGGCAGAUUAUGGCCCGGGAGCGCCUCAAGGCCACAGACUGCGACCUGCAGAUCACCAAUGCGCAGACUCGAGAAGAAUACACAGAUGAUGAAGCCCACAUCCCGAAACACUCAUCCGUGAUUGUCCGCCGUACUCCAAUCGGUGGAGUAAAACCUGCUGGCAGGACGUUCAUUGUAGAUCGUUCUGACACAGCUGUGGUGGGAUCUUCUAGACCCACUGAUUCUUCUCCUUCUUUGUCACUCGCCCAACUUGCCAAGACUGCUAACCUGGUUGACGCAAAUGCAUCAGAGGAGGACAAGAUUAAAGCCAUGAUGUCUCAGUCCAACCAUGAAUAUGACCCGAUACAUUACUCCAAGAAGGCAGUUGGACCGCCACCUGCUCACUAUACCUGCUUUCGUUGUGGAAAGGCUGGUCACUACAUUCGACAAUGCCCCAUGCUGAUGGUCCAGGAUAAGAGUGUGGAGGGACCCAAGCCAGUAAGGAUUAGUAAGGGUAUUCCUCAGAGCUUCAUGGUGAAAGCAGAGCCGGGCACCAAAGGAGCCAUGUUGACCAGCACCGGAGAAUAUGCAAUACCUGCAAUAGAUGCGGAAGCGUAUGCACAAGGAAAGAAGGAGCGACCUCCCUUUGUUCCACACGACCAGUCAUCAUCUGAGGACGAUUCAGACCCAAUCCCUGACGAGCUCUUGUGUCCAAUCUGCAAUGACCUGAUGACAGACGCCGUAGUUAUACCCUGCUGUGGAAACAGUUACUGCGAUGACUGUAUCCGGACUGCCUUGUUGGACUCAGAGGAACACAUCUGCUUCACAUGCAAACAGUCAGAUGUCUCACCUGAUAAUCUCAUCGCCAACAAAUUUCUUCGACAGGCUGUGAACAACUUUAAGAAUGAAACAGGAUACACCAAACAUGCACGCAAGCAGGUCCAACAUGCAUCCCUGCCGCCACCACGCCCUCUGUUGGCCAGGCCUCUGCACUCAAGACAGCAGGACCCACUGCUGGCUAAUGUCACGCACCCUCCUUCUACAAGUGUAACCACCAGCGCCCCUCAAGCACAGGUCCAGCCCCCUGCACCUACUUCUGCUACUACUGCUGCUCCUACUCCUCCUCAUGUCACUGCUGUCGAAGGUCAAGAUGCUUCACCAGCCCCUGCACCUGUUGUUGACCACCAUUCUCCCAUACACUCCAGCAGCCAGGGUGAACCACCCCCACCAGGUGAGACAGAUCCAGAACCUACUGUGACACCAGGCUCAUCAGGUACCUCAGAAAGUGGAUCACAGCCUAUUUAUGCCCCUGGACACGAUUUAUCCCCCUUCCUCCCAAAAGCCCCAAGCCCAUCAGAGUUACAUCCAAACUGGAUGAAUUGGAACUUAACAAAAAGAGCUUAUAGUACAGAAAUCCAAAGAAAGAGCCGAAGAGAGUAUUCCAGGUCCCGGUCAUACAGUCGCUCUCCAUUCAGCCGUUCUCCUUACACUCGCUCUAGAUCCAGAUCCAGAUCCAGAUCGAGAUCAAGAUCCAGGUCUUACUCUUAUUCUCCCAGUCGAUCCCGCUCCCGUUCACGCUCCCAUGGCCGGUCAUAUCCCCGCUCCCCUUAUUCCAGACGCAAUGGACGCAGCUAUGGGCGCUCACGGACAAGGUCCCGCUCCCGCUCAAGGUCUUAUGGCUAUCGGCGCUCUGGCUCACCAAGGUCUCCUCCCUCGUAUCGGGGUGGAGGCUGGGAGGGAGCAGAAGGAGCAGGACCCUACAGGUCUAGGUCACGGUCUCGCUCCCCUGGUGGCUACCGGAGCCGUAGCCCUGGGGGACGGAAGCCACCUCCUCGGGAGCUACCACCGUAUGAACUGAAGGGACAAAGUCCUGGAGGCCAUGAGCGCUGGGAGAGAGAAAGGUAUCGACAGUGGGAAAAGGAGUACGCAGACUGGUACAACAAGUACUACAAAGACUACGACAACCAACAUCCCUCACUGCAUCACAGAGGUCGUGGCAGCAGAGACAGGGAGAGGGACAGAAUGUCCCCAUUAUCCAGAGAUUACUCCCCCCAGGGGAGAGGAAGAAGAGGGAGAGAAGAGAGAGGUGCUCUACCUCCUCCAUCCUCUUCCUCAUCAGGGACCAAGUCCAGUGCUAAAGUCCAAAAGACAAAGAAAUUAAAAAAGAAAAAGACUGGGGAGGAACCAGAACCAUCACAUCAGUCAGUGGACAGAGGUGAUGCUACUCCUGUCAGAGACGAACCAAUGGAUGAAAUACCUUCACUCACUAAAACGCCACCCAUCUCCUCAAAGCCUCCAUCUGGUGCUGCAACCACUAAAGCUCCAGCUUCUAAAAGCACUGCCACACCUGUUAAACCCUCAACAAAGGCCACAUCAAAGACUCAGUGUGAUAAGACUAAGAAAGAGAAGGGUCAGAAGGUAAAAGCUAAAGUGAAGACAGAGGGUUUGAAGGUAAAGAGCGAAAAAGUGAAGAAAAAGACUGGAGAAGGAGUGGUGUUCAAAAAGAGAGACUCUUCAUCCUCUUCCUCCUCUGUUGCUAAACCGUUAAAGACCAUUAAAGCCAAGCCAGAAGAUGCUUUCAACUCAACUAACCCUAAAAGAGAAAAGAGCAAAAGCUCUGCAGUGAGGCCUCCCUUGCUUAAGACCCCUCCUCUGUCCUCCCAGAACCUGCCUCUACCUCAUCCCUCUCUUCAUGAUGGCCCUCGACCUGGCCACGACAUUCGAGGGAGAAGAGAUCUUCCACCGAGUGGAGGUCUCCUUUCCAUACCACAUCAACACAGACUCCCACUCCUCCACCGACCCCCCUCCCCAGUGGACAGUCGAAGGAGGAUGGGAGAGGAGGGCCGGUCUUUACUCGGACCUCCUCCUGGAAAGCUGAGGAGGAUAGAUGGGUUAGGGGGUGGUGGUGAUAUCAUCUCCCACUCACACAUGUCUCACCAGCCCCCGCUUCACAGACUCCCACCCUCUUCAGAGAGACCUGGUCUUCUUCCCCUAACAGGGAGCCGUGAGAUGGGCCGGGGAGACGCAGAUCGGGGGUCCAUCAGACCUCUAAUGGACCUGCAGGUGAAGCCACUGACCCAGACGAGGAUCAAGUUAAACAGAGAUCUAGGGAGAAAAGGCAGCACUGAGACAGCAGUCUCAGACAGAGCACCAUCAGGUCCUGAGAAGACAACGUCCACUUCGGACCGACCAGCUGCUGCUAACAUCUCUGAAGAUGACCGACCUAGCAGUACAACAGAAGGAUCUGGAAGAAAGGAGCGGUCUACAUCUGCUGAGAGGGCAGUCUCCAGAGAGAGACCAGGGAGUGCUGGAGAGAGACUGCAGGGCUCAGACAGAGAGCAGGACAGAAGUUUGGGACUGGAUAGAGAGCGAGACAGAGCUUCUGGAUCAGAAAGAGACAGAGACAGAGGUCUGGGUUCUGACAGAGAGAGGGACAGAGUCUCCGGGUCAGGCUCACACAGAGCAGCAGUUACAGUGGAGAGAGACACCGAAGGAGAGCGGUCAAUGAGGACAGAACGAAGGAACUCCAGUGGUGGAAGUGGAGGAGGGAGGUCGGUCUGUCUGGAUAAAAUGACCAUCGCUGAGAAAUCAGCCACCACCAGGAGACCGGCAGACCAUCAGGAGAAACCAAGCAUGUCCUCUAAGGAGAGGGGCGAAGGGUCAGAAAGAGCUGCUAAAUCUGAUAGGAGUGUGUCCAAGGACAGAACAGAGAGGAGUGUCCCCUCAGGAGAGAAACCAGCUUCUGCUCAGAGAGAAGCAGUGAAAGAUUCUGAGGGGUCUGUUGUGAAGAGCAAACCCAGGAUCAGCCGAAAGGCUCUGACAAGCCAAACUGUGAGCUCCAGUAGAUCAACUCAGGACACAAAACGGGACUCAGAAAAAGACCAGAAAAGUGUAUCCUCUAAACCUGCAGAGCUGCCCCCCUGUAGCCCUGUGAACAGCCGUGGUCGCAGCCCGAGUGUCAGCCCAGUGCCCAGCCUGUCCAGGGAGGAACCACUCAUUCAGCCGCCUCCUCGCUCCAAGUGGGAGAGAGAGGAUGACGAAGAGGGGCAGGAAAAUGGAGUUAGUGUGCCCAAGGAGCCCUCACCACUGCCUCAAAGGAGCCGAGGCAGAGAGGGGCAGACUGAUGCACUUAAACCUGUCAGGAGUGAAGGCCGGGAUGCCAUAAGGGAGGAGAGGAGAGGAGUAGUGAGGGAGGAGAAGAAAGGGAGAGCACCAAGAGAAGAAGGUAAGGGUGGCAGGGUGGCACAGGCAAAUGCUGACAAAUCAACCAAAACAAAGGUUGCGAGGGAGGAGGGGAGAGGUGUAAGAGAAGAAGGAAGAGCUGCUGCAAGAGAGGAUGGGAGGGGAGGCGGCGGAAGAGAGGAGGGGCGAGGAAUGACAGGGAAGGAGGAGAGAUUAGCAGAAGGCAGAGGUGGAGGAGGACGUGAGGAGAAUCGCGGCCCAGAGCCCAGGAGACAGCGUUUGUGUUCUGACUUGGGUCGUGAGACAGACGAGGCCGCUUUCGUGCCUGACUACAGUGAAGGCGAAGGCUCGGAGCCAGAGAGAGGAAGGAGUGGCAGCCCCAGUCUGUCCCUCAGCCAACCCUCCCACAGCCCCAGCCUGAGCAACAACAGCGAAUCGGCAACCACCACAGCGGACAAGAAGAAGAAGAAACACAAGAAACACAAGAAACACAAAAAGCACAAGAAGCACAGUGGUCAGGAAAAAGGAGAACACAAGGAGCAUAAGCACAAACACAAGAAAAAGAAACACAAAAAGAACAAAGACAAAGAUGUGGAGGAAGAGGAGGAGAAGAUGGAGAAGACAGAAGAGGAGGUUCCAUGCUAACAUGGGCUUAGCUAAGCCUGCUGGCCAAAAUCUGUAACCCUCAUUGUUAAUACGGAGGUAAUGAUGUAUCUAGAAAUAUCGGCUAACACUGGCAUGCUGCUCCAUGUGCCCCUUGAAGGAAAUGGAUGAUAUAGGUCUUUGACUGUCCUCGACACUGAUGGAGGGCUGUUGCUCUAACACUUGAUGUCUCUGCAGCUCUCCAAACCUACACAGUACCUUGUUGUGUCUAGACUGCCACAUAAUGAGCGCUGCUGAGGUUUCUUGAAUGUUUAAUGCGAACCUCAUUGGUGACUUAAAACACCCAGGAGUGAUACUGUGCUGCACUAUUGUGAUCAACCUAGAGCCAGAAUGGACUUGAUGAUGAUAACGGGUCACAAGGCAGUGAAUCUAAAUGAUAGGAGUAACAAACUGUACUCAGGGAUGUGACUGCUUCUUUGUAGAGAAGGAAUUGCUGUUUCUCUGCCUCUGAUUCAUUUGUAAAUAGAGAUGAACUGUUGCUUCACAUUUUUCCUCAGUUUGUUUAGCUCACACCCCCCUGUGCUGUUCAAGGCUUAAAUACUGGACAACCUUCAUUGCUAUGCCGUUGUAAACUCUUUUUGAAGGACUGCACUAGCAGUUAUGCAUGUUUGAGCACAUUAACUACAAAUCAUAUACUUUUCGUUACUCUUAACCAUUUUCUAUGUUGAUAAUCUUAUUUUUAGGCAGCCAUUGGUUCAGUUCAUUCCAUAAUUUUUUUUUUAAGUUAAGGCAAUGAAAGAUUCUCAUAUAGCUUACCUAACUAAGCGAUUUUCCUACCAAACCUAACAUAAACAAAAUCCAGUAGCUACCUGGAAGAUUAUGUAACUCUGGAAAUGGUUAGCAGUUAGUAUUUGUGAUUAAUGGGCUAAAACUUCAAAAAUCACCAGUGUUUUCUUUUAAGUUAAAGCAGACCUUAAUGCAUUCAUGCUAUACUGGAUUGUAUAAAUCUAGGAUGUGUUUGUUAAUAAUGGCAAAUAAGUCUGCAUGUUUUUGUUCAAGAGGUGCAGUAGCUGUCUAUCGCGUUGUGUGAGCGAGUGAAUGUGUGUGCAACGGUGUGAAAGUGAAAUGUGACAGACAAAUUCGGGGACUGGUGUUCUUACAAAUAAGUUGUUCGGUUUUUUUUUGUUGUUGUUUUUUUUUUUUUUUUUUUUUUAAUUAAAAUGUUUUGACCUCAUGAAAACGUCAGAGUUGUAUUUUAUCAACGUUAGAACUCGCCACGCAAAUGAAGGUUAUAUGCACUGUGUUGUGCUGAAUUUACUAAGUGGAAAAAUUGGGUGUUUAAGUGGUACAGUUAAGUAUUUUAGGUGUUUGUAAUUAGAACUUUUCAUAUGGUAUUGGAGACCAGAAGGUACUAGUGAUAAAAGACACACAGUGAUAUUGAAAAAACCUCAUUCCUGUUAAAAUGUAAACACAGUGUAACCCUGAAAUCCUCAUGUGUAGCGUACUCCAGUCACUUUCGGCCAUGGUUAAUAAGUGGGCCGCAGUCUUCUGAGAUAAUAUUUCAUCAACACCAACAUGCAAGACCGUACAUGCCCAACUUAACGCUCUUAGGGUUCACAUCAGUCUCAGCUACUGGUAAACAUCUUACCUUUACACUCAUAACUGCCCCCUUAAAACAACAAUGGAUAUAAGCAACUUAAAUGUUGCACAUAAUAAUGGUUAUAGUGUUCUGAUAGUGAUAUAUUACCUACUGGACUAAUAAUAAUAAAACCUAACUGAAACAGUCCAUCAUGACACAGCGGCAUUGCUCUUAUAAAAAUAUAUCAUUUACCACAGUGUAUCAAACAGCUUCAUUACACAACAUAAAUGAGCAAAUCAGUGAAACCAUUAAUUAAUUUGUACAGUAACUAAGGUUCUACAAUAGUAUUACUAGGGAACUUUCACACUUCAGUGCAACGAGCUCCAUCAUUGAUUUUACCUGAACGUGUAAGCACCUCAAACCUGAGUAUCAAGACAAUUUGCUAGAUCCUCUGUGUUCAUGUUUCUUGUGUGCAAUGCAAUGUUUUUUGUAUUCUUAAAAUUAAAAUACUGGUAGUCAUGUAACUUGAUUUUGAUGUCAUUUAUGUGUAGAUCAUACAUUAAUUUCCUGUGUUUUUUCCUGUGUUUUUUUUUGGGGCUCAUUUUGUUCCUUUGAGCAUCCACCACCUAACUGUGUGAUCACAGGUGCAUCGCUGUUAUAUAAAUUUUAUUAUCUACAACUGGGUUAAUUAAAAAGUUUAUGGUUGAUAUAAAAAAAAACAGAUAGUUUGAUAAAAAGGAUGGAUAGGUAGAAAGUUGUCUUUAAGAAAGUGGAGUCACUUGCAGCUUUUUUCCUUUCCAGCAGGAUACUAAUUUAAUUUUUUUUUUUUUAAAUAAUUACAUCUUUAUUCUAAGAUGAAAGAUUUUUGUUCAUUAUAGUUCAUAUACUAUUGUCCCUAUGAAUCUGAUACAAAAAAUAAAAACUACAUCAAAAAACAAAA